AUGGUGCGCAACUUUUCGCCACGCAUGGACUAUAACAACAAUGAAUGGCGUCCAGUAGGACGUGGAGAUCCCCUAAAAAAUGAUCCUACAUUUGAUUAUAGUCCUCCCACACUCGAUCGUGUUAGAUAUUGGGCCGAUUCGGAUAAGGAAAAAGACAAAACGGAAGAGGUAUCAGCAGCCUUAGUAGAUGCAAAGUUAAAAAAGGCAAAUCCGGGUAAAAACGAAAUCUUAUUAUUAGGCGUUACGGGCGACAGAAUGCGUGGAGGUGCACCGGUUCAGCAACAUGUACCACAUAUGCUAAAGAAUGCUAAGGGUGAAACGCCAUUAUUACAACCGAAAUACACUUCAAUAAGACGUUCCUAUUAUGCUCAUCAAUUGCCCACCCAUUUGAUGCCACCACCCAUGCAACCAAUGCAACCAGCUACACAGCAACAUCAGUUACAAUCAUCCUCUCAAAUGCAGCAACAUCAACCGCAACAACAGCAGUCACAAUCUUCAAUGCAGUCACAAUCUCAACAUCAUCAAGUAUCAGCAAUGCAUAUGGUAAAACCAGCUCAUUCGGAAUAUCGCCACAACAUGCCGGGACAUUCUUAUAUGACCUCAUCGCCCAUGAGCUCUAUGAGUGUUCAUUCGAAACCCUAUUACAUGUCUACUGCCACACAACCUUGGAUGCAUACCACUAGUUCAGCUUCUAAGGGAGGAGCAUCCACUUCCUCCUCUUCCGUUCAUUCUCCUUUAAUGAUGUCUGGCAAUUCUCAUCGUUAUUCACAUCCCCAGACACAUGAUUCUUAUCAUCAAGAGUCUGUUAACUAUGUAACCUAUCAUAGUCGCCCCAGUCUAACGAGUACACCCUCCAUUAUGUUGGGCAUGAAUGUUGCCGGCCAUCAUGAAAUCUAUUCUCCCAAUUCGAUUAGAGGUUCCUCUAGUGGCCAUCAUAAAUCAACAUUGUCCAGCUCUAGGAAACCUUGGAUACAUGAUUUAUUACAAAAAGAGUUUAUCAAACCCGUAAAACCUACACAGAACCCCAACUCCUAUCAUGUGGAUACCAUUAAAUCUUCACACAUGGAGCCACAACAGCAUUUCGAACCGGAUUAUGCGACCACAAGUAAUUUAGCUUAUCGUCCAACUGUGGCACCCGUCAAAAUGACUACCGACUCAUUGUUCUCGCACUACAAUCAACCGGAGAAACCCCUACGCGGACCCAUGUAUUUGAUUAUUGAGGGUCAUUCGAAAGUGAAAACUUAUGGUAAAGAUGAAUUAGAUCCUCAUAAACCGAAAAUUGUACCCGUUAUACCGAAACGUGAACCGGUGGUAAGAAUGGCUGAUCCCAAUGAAAAGCGGGGUACACCAGAAACUUUCCAGGUUAAACAUUUGCAUACAAAAACGACUAAACCUAUGGAGACUUCAGCUACAAAACCAACAGUAACAAAAGCUACAACUGCAAAACCCGCCGUUACAAAAGCUACAACAACAAAACAUGCGGCCACAAAAGCUACUACUGCAAAACCAGCCGUUACAAAAGCUACAACCCCAAAACCACCAACCGCCACAAAAACGACCACUAAGCAACCUGCAGCAGCAAUGAAAACUACCACCACUACUACCGUUAAGCCCAAAACUACCAUGAAAACCACAACAACUACAAAACCAACCGCUAAAAAAGUAAUAACAUCUACUACAACCACAACUACAAAACCUUCCAAAAUUAGCGUUACAACUACGCCCAUCCCAGCAAAACCUAAAUUUGAAAAAAUUGACAGUAAAGAAGUCAAAAGUUCCGGUAAAGACGAGUUAAAAAUGUCUGCCAAACUUACAAAUCCCAAUGCUUUAGAAGCUCCACAAAAACCCAGUCAAACUUUAAUCAACGAACCUCCCACUGCUAUGCAAGGAUUUUUAAGCUUUUUAGACUCUUCUCUAGAUAGCAUUUUUAAAGAAGAACCCAUGGCCGACAAUGAUUCUCAAAAGGAAAUGGAUUCAAAUAAAGAUACCACAACCAAACUAAAGCCCAUAGCAAUGAAACCCAGUAGUCCUCAACAAAUCGAGGCCAGAGUUAGCACAAAAUUGGAAGCUAUCAAAGCAGAAGACUAUGAGGAUUAUGUAGAUGAUAACUAUUUCCAAAUGACAACCGAGUAUAUACCACGUGAAACUCGUCAAGUUUUCGACUACGAUCAAUUACCCGAAUCGAGAAUAAACCUUAAAGAUGAUGCCAAUUUUGGAGAUUUCUUAGAACAAAUUGAUGAUGAAGAUGAUUUAUCGACUUUUAAUUUCGACGAUGAAUACGAAGAUGAAGAUGAGGAGGAAAUUGAGGGUCAAAAGCCUACACAAAUAGCUGUAAAUUCAUCCAAUAAACCACACAAUCUCAUAAAACGUAUUGAUUCCCUAGUUAGCAGCAGUGUAGAAGAUGACUUUGAUGAUCUUUCCUCUUUAGUUGAUGGUGAUGACGAUGAUCUUACCGAAGAUGUUUUACCCGAUCUGCCAAGAAAUCAACCACGACAGCAACAACAACCCCAGGCUAAAAAAGCGUAACACUAAACUUGAAUUUGAAAAGAAAGACAACUACUUUAAGUUUUAUUUUUAAAGUUAAAACAAAAAAAAUAAUCUAUAGUUUAAAAGUAUUUUUUUAUACUGUUCUAUACCAAAUCUUAAAAUAUCUUUGAAAUCUUUUUUUUAAUUUUUGCACAAGUUGUAGUAUUUUUUUUAAUAAUUUAUUUUUUUGUAUUGUUGUAAUUGUAUAUAAAACAGCUUUAUUUUGCAAGAGAAAUCAAUUAGAAAUCAAGAUGCAGAAAAAUCCUCUGAAGAGUCGUUUAAAUUUAAGUUACAAUACCAUCACGUUUAUUUUUGUGAUUGUUUAUUUAUUUUAGAAUUUAAGUGUAAAUUAUUGAAUAAAAAUUAUUUAUUAACAAAAAAA